AUGCUACGAGAUUUAUUCCGAGCUUUCAUUUUUUCACUGUUUAUUUUGCAAAUCGAUGCGGCUAGUUCCUAUAGAAAAGUGCCGGUGGUGGUAGCUCCUCCGGUUUUACGGCUAGGUGCCACCAACCGAAUUCUGGUGACGCCUUUGAGCGUUGAAGUUACGGGCGGGAAUACGGUGGAUAUCCGGGUUCAGAUUCACCAAAGAUUAACCACUGGAAAAACGGUGUCCGAGGACAAGGUGGAAAGAGGGAAAAGUCGAGGACACCCACAUCCGGUCGCUUUUAAAGUACACCCAGAUGCUAAAGAAGCUGACGUCACGAUAAAUAUCCAAGGUCAUGCCGAAUAUCAGAUCAGACUCCUGGUUGCUCCGGACUUACGGACGAUUCAUAUGAAAACCGAUAAGGGCUUUUACAAACCCGGAGAAACUGUCAAUCUUCGAGCUGUUCCGAUUACGACUGGAGGUCAUAUCUAUACCGAGGAUAUCGAAUACGCUUUGGUGAAUCCCGACGGCUACGAACUAACGCGUCAUAUCACUGCUACGCCCGGUGUACCGCUACCCCUAACUUUCACCCUUCCGGAGCACCUAUUUUUCGGCGAAUGGAAAAUCAAGGCGCGGCCGACGAUGCAGGGCAGUCAGCCGCUUCUGAAUUUUGCUGUCAGCUUCCAAGUGACCGAUUACGUGCUCCCGCCAUUCGUUUUGGACUUUGUCAUCCUGGAUGGCGAUACACCAAAUAAGACGCGACUUUCUGCAAGUGCACAUUACUUCCAUGGUGAUCUCGUUUCCGGCGCCCUUGCCUUGAACUGCUACAACCCAGAUCGAGCCACCGUCCUCGAGCCUGAAUUUCACCGGCCGCUGGCUGUUGGCGAG